CCAAAGUGAUCAACAUCUUGCAGAAAUGGAUGCUGGAUGAAGUUUUGCCCCAUCCACAUGCUUUCUGUAAGAAUCAUACAAGCUAAGAACAUCAAGUCAAGAGACCUGUGGACAGUUCCACUUUCGUGCCAAAACCUUGCGGGGCAAUGUUAUUCACUGCUUGAUACCAGUCUGAAGUAUUUAGGCAUCUCGGGCUGCAGUAGAAAUCUUCCGUCAAGUCCUGACUCCAGCUCUGAAAGACAUCACCUUGGAGAUUUCCUUUCACACCGUUGUCAAGCUUCACAAAUGACUGCAUCUGACUGCUAUGUACGCUUGUGGCUGCCGUCUGCUUCACCUGGAAAGCUUCAGACCAAAACCAUCAAGAAUUCUGACAACCCUGUCUGGAACGAGACUUUCUACUUUAGGAUCCAGAGGGAAGUUGAGAAUGUUUUAGAAUUGGCAGUGUGUGAUGAAGAUCCACUCACCAAGGAUGACAUGCAGUUCACAGUUCUUUUUAAUGUUGCUAGAAUCAGACCUGGGGAGACAGUCCGUGAGACAUUUGCUUUGAAAUCAGAGACAGAGAGGUGCCCUAAGAAAUGGGAAAGUUUGGAAGUGGAAUUCUGGAUGGAGAGAAUUCCUGGCCCUCCAGAGCGUCUCAUUACCAAUGAUGUCCUAGUGUCCCGUGAGGUUUGCUGCUUGGAAGUGCAUGUGGACAUCCAUGAAAGCAGGAAAUAUUUGAAAGAGGGUAAAAAUCUUGUACUUACGGUGCCUGCAUCUCAUGAGAGGACACAGAAGACGACAGAGGACACUGACACUUUCUACUUCCAUUGCUUGAAGGUUUGGGAGCCAAUUCUAAAAGUCAGGCUGCAGAAAGUUUCUGAUAAGGAAGAUGACAACAGCAAUUUAAGUGACACCUUAACGGUACCACUGAAAUUUCUCCCUGUUGGACAUAAAGUGAAAGUAACCCUUCCUAUAAGACAUAAUGUGCCACUACAGUUGUACCUCCAGCUAAAUGAUUGCACAGAAAAAUUAGAUGUGCGCUUAGGGUAUGAUCUGUGCCAAGGAGAGCAAGAGUUCCUACAUAAGAGGAAGAGAGUCGUUGCUGGUGCCCUGAAGAGGGUUCUCCGCCUGGAAAGUGAUCUACAUGGGCAUGAGGUCCCAGUAAUAGCUGUUAUGGCAACAGGCGGAGGUCUCAGAGCAAUGUCAGCUAUGUUUGGCCACCUCUUAGCUCUUCAGAAGCUAAACCUGCUGGACUGUGUCACCUAUCUCACUGGGGCCUCUGGCUCAACAUGGACCCUAGCAGACCUGUAUGAGCAUGCUGACUGGUCUCAGAAGUCUCUGGAGGGACCACUUAAAGCAGUAAAAGAACAAGUGACAAAAUGCAAACUCAACCUUAUGUCUAUAGACCAUCUGAAGUAUUAUCACAAGGAACUUGCUGAAAGGGCAAAAGCAGGACAUGUGACAUCUUUUACAACUCUGUGGUCACUUGUUCAGGAGAUGUUCUUACAUGAACAGCCAAGAAAGUACAAACUCACAGACCAGCGCAAGGCAUUGGAGUAUGGACAAAACCCACUGCCUUUCUAUGCAGUCCUCAAUGUGAAAGAGAAGUUUGGUACUUUCAAAUUUAGAGAGUGGGCAGAUUUCUCUCCUUAUGAAGUGGCCAUACCAAAAUAUGGAGUCUCCAUUCCUUCAGAAUAUUUUGACAGCGAGUUCUUCAUGGGAAGGCGAGUGAAGAAGCUGCCAGAAUCUCGCAUCUGCUAUCUGGAAGGUCUUUGGACAAACAUCUUUACUAGGAAUUUGCUGGAUGGCUUGUACUGGUCCUCAAAUUCGAAUGAAUUCUGGGAACGGUGGUCCCAAGAUAUGGUAGAUAUAGAAAAACAUUCUCCUGAGGAAGACAUUACUGUUAUCGAGCCUCCAUCUUGUUUGUCAGGAAAGUUGUAUGAAAUGUUUCAGGACAUUAUGACCAAGCGUCCACUACUGGGAAAGUCGCAUAACUUCCUGAGAGGUUUAGAAUUUCAUAAGGAUUAUAUCCAUCAGAAAAAAUUUAUUGAAUGGAAAGACACUGUGCUGGACGGUUUCCCUAACAAUCUGACACCGCUGCAGAAAUAUCUUUGUCUGAUAGAUGUUGGCUAUUUCAUCAACACCAGUGGUGCAGCACUUUUCAAGCCAGAGAGGAAUGUAGAUGUCAUUAUAUCCCUUGAUUAUGGUUUGGGGCAUGUGUUCAAGCAAUUAGAGAUGACAUACAAGUAUUGCAAGAUACAAAAUAUCCCAUUCCCCAAAGUGGAGCUAAGUCCAGAAGAAGAGAAGAACCCAAAGGAAUGUUAUAUAUUUGCGGAUGCAGAGGACCCCAGAGCACCUAUAGUAAUCCAUUUUCCCUUGGUGAAUGACACCUUUAAGGAAUUCAAGGAGCCAGGGGUAAAGCGUGGUCACUCGGAGAUGGAAGAAGGCAAAGUAAAUCUGGAGAACAGCUGCUCACCAUACUACCUCAUUAGGCUAAUCUACUCCUCUGAAAAUUUUGAUAAACUUGUGAACCUGAGCAAAUACAAUAUCCUCAAUAACAAAGACCUGCUCCUCCAAGCAAUCAGGAGUGCUGUAGAACGAAGGAGAAGCAGAAGGACUGGGAAUUUCUCCAGCUACUCUGGAUACCCCUAAACUGGGUUUUUUGCACUGUUCCCCAUUGAAGGCUAUGGCAGCCCAUUGCAACACAUCACACUCACAUUACAACACAUCAGUGUUCAUUAGUUGCAGAAAACUGAGGAAACAUGUACAUUUCUCACCUUGCUGUGUUCAAGCUCCUAGCUUUCAAAAGGGAUAUUUUAUCUCCUUCCCCCAAGUUUUAAGCCCACAAGAGCCUCACACUGUGGUCUUGUUAAGAAAUUAGGGUCCUGGUUAGCAGAGACCUCCCAGGCUCUCCUUGAUGUUACAGUAUAUGGUGGUGGUGAUAGUUCUUUGUAUGAGCCUGUCUCUUCAACUCUGAGCCCAUUGUCAGUGUCCUUUCAAUACUUCAUUACAGAUCAAGUCCUGGCCAUUUGCAUUCAGUGAUGUCCAGAUUUUCAGAUAGGCUGAGCAACUAGAAUUUGCACUGAAUUGGUGGGCUCAGCUUUGAAGUCAGGCAUAUAUAUGUGAACAGUGGCCAAACUGCAGUGUGGACAGUUGUACUCUGUCUGGCCGAUUCCCCUUGCUGAUUUAGAAAUUACUCCUUUUUUCCAUUCCCCUGCAAGAGUUUGGCACAGAAAUGCUGCUCCAGACUGCCACGAAGGGGGUGGCUACAUUUCAAGAGAGAGGGUGGUAGCAGCAGUGAGUGAGCACAGUUCUUUUGAGCAUUGGCUGGAGGAAAAGCUCUGCAUAAAGCACAAGUGAUCAUAUUGAUUUAUAUCAGCAAUGCCUUUACUGAUUAAAAUGUCAAGAGCCUGAAACAAGUUUUUCAUAGAAGAAACUUGAAAGGAAUAGUUGCCAUAGACUCAAGUACAUUUAAUUUAGUGGUCAUGACUGAGACAUAAGCUGGUUCUCCUACAGAUGUAAACAGGAUGUAGGACAGCAUAAUUCACUAAUAGAGUGCAGAGCCAUUGUAUUUUCACGCAUAGAAGAUUUUUCCCUUUAUAGUCUUCUAUCCCUAACAUCACAGGCAAAGUAUUUUGAAUAGGUGCUACAUAAAAGAGAGCACACAUUUUCCUCCUUGCUGGUGGAAAAUAUUUGGAAAAUGACACCUGCUUUUAAUUUGCUUUGGAAUGCAGUGAGAGACUUUGCCUUGAGCUAGAAGCUUGGAAUAUCUUUAUAGCUCUCCACUACUUAAAGAAGAUGAUAGGGAAGGAUGCUGAGCAAUAUAAAACAGAGCUGCACAGAAGGCAGAAGUUUGCAGACUUCCUCACACUGAAGGAUUUGGACUUGCUUCUGGAUUAUUUAUGCUAAACACAGCAUAUUCAUCAGGACUUCCAAGGAAAACCUUACAUAUUUCUUCUGUGUUGGAAAUUUACUUGAGAUCUAGAAUUAGUUGUACUUGAAAUCCAAAAUCAGACAAAGAAUGAGGAAGAGGGGUUUGUCAUUUUGGUAUACACAGGCGAUAUUGAAGCUCAAAGGGAGAGCAUUUACAAAAGACCUGAUUGCCUGAAGCCUGUAUUUACUAAGUGCUUCUUCUGCUGCAAUGGCAAUGGCUAAGCCUCAGCAAUGCUUCUUGUACAAUGAUUACUUGCUGAGCUAAGGAGUAUCACCCAGAACUGAGGAGCCUUAACAGCUGGAAUGCAACUGUACUUUGGGAUUCAGAUCAUGAGAAGUUAAGAACUAAUCAGAUACUGGCUGCAAGACAAAACAUAAAGAGCCAUUUUGAGUUGAGAAUUGAUCCAGCUGGAUCUGCUACCUUUGCACAGGAGAGCAGCAUGUCCUGGCACAGCAUUGAGUAGCACAUACAAACCCACAUGGCACAGAGUGUGCACCAUUUCCAUUCUCCCCUGGCUGGUCCUAGAAAGCUCUGCUGCUGCAAAAAGAUAUCCCUGUUGUGUUCGUGGGAUACAGAGAACACAAGAAUCUGUAGUCCUUGUGAACCUUGGCAGCACGUCCCCAGCAGCGAGGUGGCUGAGCCACACUGAGAAAAUUUGUCUCUCAAAAUGCCCCACAGACUAAUAAGUGGGGCAUGUUUGGUGCAUUCACAGUGCUGCUAAUACAAACAGAAAGACCUGGUAAAAUGUGAAGGAGCCACAAAACCACAAGGUUUUAGGAUAACCCACAGCU